AUGGAAGCCGUUGUCGAAGAUGAACUGAAGCGACUGGAAGAUUUGGGCGUCAUCACUCCAGUCACCUAUGUCGAUUGGGCAGCACCGAUCGUGGCGGACCGGACCUCCCCGUUCGUAUUUGAGCAGAUUUUUACUGUAUUGAAUAGUGCACUCGAAUCAAGCAGCUACCCACUUCCACUCCCAAAAGACAUUUUCAAUCGAAUGGGAAAUUGCCUGAUGUUUAGCCACAUCGACCUGUCCGAUGCAUACCUUCAAGUCGAGUUCGACGAAGAAAGUAGGAAGCUUAUCACGAUCAACACCCACAAGGAGCUCUAUCGUUUCAACCGACUUUCCCCUCAGGUCAAGAGCGCUCCCGGCGCUUUCCAACAAAUCAUGGAUGCCAUGCUGAGUGGCCUAUCAUGUACAUCACCGUACCUCGACGACAUCCUGGUCGGUGGUCGCACCGUCGAGGAGCACAAGCAGAAUCUGUAUCGUGUUUUGCAGAGACUAAAAGAGUAUGGAUUCACGGUCAAGUUCGAGAAGUGUCGUUUCUUUAUGCGUAAAAUGUAG